UGCGUCAACAUCAAGCGGCAUGACCUGAUUAAGAUAGACCAAACAGGAGUGUUUCACACGUCCCGAGUAAUGAGCAUAGGCCCUCCAAUCCGGCCUGCCAACUGGCCAAGUUUGCCGGUUAGUCUGACACAGUGUAAAUGCACGGUGGACAACAGACAUACACAUACUCUGCUCAGACAUACACAAACGAACGGUAGCAGAUGGGUGAACUCACACGACAUGUAUCAUGUGGCCAAGGCCAGCAGCACACCCCGAAUUGGCUCGAGGGGAAGGGCAGUCAGAGUGUCGGUGUUGCUGCCGCUACCGGCUGCGUCUGAUUGGCUUCACAAAGGCCUCUGGACAGGCUACAGGAAGCUGGAGAUCAUCGUGCGCAUCUUGUAUAAUUCGCCUGGAGCGCACUGUACGACCGCAAGUCCACUUGUAUCUCUGCGUCUUAGUGCUGCCCUCUGGCUCCUGCCUCGGUACAGGUACGAGAAUCACGUCUUGACGACGUCAAACGACCGCAUUCACGGGGCCUCGAGAGAACUAUAUAAUACCGUCCUGACGCAUUCACUCUCCGCAUAUCGCCAAAGCCUAGAGAUUGCGCCACAUCAAUUGGUUGCCCAGGUCCUGUCCAGCCAUCCGGCAACGUUCCCGCUGCCAAUGCACCACAUCUCCGGACUCGACCAAAGUCAUCUGGACCAGACAGGCCUGACGGGAUUCACGCCCUGGCAUUCCAGUCUGCCGAGUUUGAUGCAACAUCUCUAUCCGCUUUUGGCAGCGGCGGCCGCCGCAAAUGGAGCCGGUCCCUCUGGCCUCGAGACGAAUGAGAAUGGGAUUAGAUCUUGGCCAGUUGGACUGUCCGGGGUCGACCAACUGAGCAGUGGAUUGAAUGACUUGACACCAUACGCAAAAAACGUGUCGUCAGGACGACUGCCUGGAGAUUGGCAUGCGGCGAGGUUCGGACAUGGAGCAACUGGAUGCGAUGACUUCGCGCCCGAGGUUCAUACCCAGCCGCGUAUCUACACCAGCAGUAGCGGACAAAGGUCAAAACCCGCUCGACUUCGAGAUGAAUCCAAGUCCAAUUCGACCGGUAGGUGA